CAACUUUAAUCACUAACGUUGUAAAAAUUCGUACAGAGUAUAAACAAAGAUUAUCACUAAAAAGUAUAAUUCAAAAUCUCAUGAAAAGUGAGGAGACGAAGGAUGAUUUAGAUUUAGAUAUUGUAGAAAUAGAUUUACCGCCAUUAAAGCCAAACAACGGGAGAAAGUUCUUGAAGCUAUUCACAACAUUUUCCAAGCUGAAAGGAUUGAUGAUAAACUGUUCAUUAAAAUUGGUGCGAAAUGAUGUGGCAUCGGUUGUUAAAUAUAAUGAAUUUAAACCUGACGUAGGAGGAUGGAACGCGCGACCAACGCGUCAGCAAAGGAUUGCACCUAUUAUUAAUUCAUCUCCACCUCCUUUAUUAUGGAUCGAGGUGUCAUUCAACAAGACUAAUGAUCGUGAUUACUCAUUAAAUGUCACGGCUGAUUCUGAUGUUGAACUUCUAAAUGGCGUAAUCACUCAAGGACCUUUGUAUGCUGGAUAUUAUCGAAUUGGUCACAUUCACAAAUAUCGUGUUCAUCGUUUGAUGGCUUUAGCAUUCUGUUCAAAAGAAGAAGGCAAAGAAUUUGUAAACCACAUUGUUGGCGAUUCCACCAAUAAAAAGCAUCUAAUCUCGAAUGGUGUACAAUGUACAACAUGCGGUACAUCUCAGGCCUCGGGAUGGUUGGAUGCUGUCAAGCAGAUUAUUGAUGUUUUUUUCGAGAAUUUCCAUCAGUACAACGCAUAA